CGUUCAAAGUCGAAUGUUGGCAGUCCGUAAUUAUCAUUCCAUGUGAAUAGAACUUUAGUGGUAAUAGUGAAUAACAAAAUGAGUUUUGCUAAUAAAGUAGUACUUGUAACUGGCGCCAGCUCGGGGAUUGGAGCUUCUACAGCGAUAUUAUUUUCCAAAGAAGGUGCUAAUGUCUCGAUGGUUGGGAGAAACGAAACAAAACUAAGAAAUGUCGCGGAACAAUGUGCAGCGGUUGGAAAUAAACCUCUAGUGAUUAUUGCUGAUGUGAGCAAUGAUAACGAUGCUAAAAGAAUAAUAACGGAAACUGUUGAUACCUUUGGCAAACUCGAUAUUCUUGUCAACAACGCUGGAUUGGGAAAGCCUGGAUGUAUAGCAGACGGGAGUAUCGUAGAGGCUUAUGACGUCAUUUUCAAGGUCAACGUAAGAGCUGUGAUGCAGUUAACUUCUUUAGCUACUCCUCAUCUUAUCAAGACGAAAGGAAAUGUGGUUAAUAUAUCCAGUGCUGCAGCAAUGACCACUCCUAUUUCACCGGAUUCAUUAUCAUAUUAUGUGUCAAAAGCAGCCUUGGAUCACUUCACCCGUGGUGCGGCUCUGGAACUAUCUUCUUAUGGUGUUAGAGUGAACUCAGUCAACCCAGGGCCUGUAUUCACAGAUUUUCUGGACAACGCUGGGAUCAAUGCCAAAUUUGAAGAACUUACAAAUAGGACAGCUUUGAACAGAGUAUCACAACCUGAAGAAAUAGCAAAUAUGAUCGCCUAUUUGGCAGGGGACAACGCUGUUGGUAUUACUGGGUCAACAUUUGUUGUGGACAAUGGGAUUCUAUUGAAGAAAUAAAUGAAAUCUUAUUUGGUAAAAACUGUUUUUUGCUUAUUUAGAUCAAUAAAACUAAAAAUGUUUAUUCAAGCAAAACAAAAGAUUCUCUCAGACUUUCUGCUGUCAAAGUUGCUGCUGCCGGACGGGAAGAAAUUCCUUCGAUAUGGGAUGUGGCUAAAGUAUCCACACAAGUCGCAUCUCACGCCAAACACCUAACAAACUUCAAAGGGAUGAAUGACGAACCAUCAGGCCUUAAAAAAAAUAGAAAAAUUAUAUUUGUUUCUAAUGCUUAUUUGAUUGGUAAUAAAUUGACUGAUAUAAUUG